UAAUCCAAAAUUAUUGGAAAAUAUAAAAAGAAUAAGAUUCUCCCACGUCUAAAUGUAUAUCCAGCUAUAUCACUUGUCCAAGUACAUCUCCAAAAAGAGACACAAAACCAAUGGAAGAAUCUGCAUCAGAAAUCAAGACUCCUCUUUUAUCAAAUCUUGAUCAUGGCAUUGCAUCAAGCUCAAAAUCCAAAGUCAACAACUCUCUUGAAAUCAAAAAACAAGAAGAAAACUCACCAAUUAAACAAGUAGCACUCACAGUGCCAAUUGCAGAUGAUCCUUCACUCCCAGUUCUUACUUUUCGAAUGUGGUUUUUAGGCACACUUUCUUGUGUUUUACUAUCAUUUUUAAACCAAUUCUUUUGGUACAGAACAGAACCAUUGACCAUUACAGCAAUUUCAGCUCAGAUUGCUGUGGUUCCUUUAGGCCAACUUAUGGCUGCUAAAAUCACAAAAAGAGUAUUCUUUCAAGGGUCUAAAUGGGAAUUUACUUUAAAUCCAGGGCCUUUUAAUGUCAAAGAACAUGUUCUUAUUACCAUUUUCGCAAACUCUGGUGCUGGCACUGUUUAUGCUAUUCAUGUUGUCACUGCUGUUAAGGUUUUCUAUCAGAAAAACAUCACCUUCUUCGUUUCCCUUAUUGUUGUUAUCACAACACAGGUGCUAGGAUUCGGAUGGGCUGGAAUUUUUAGAAGGUAUUUGGUAGAGCCAGCAGCAAUGUGGUGGCCUGCCAAUCUUGUCCAAGUCUCAUUAUUCAGGGCUUUACACGAAAAAGAAGAACGUUCAAAGGGCGGAUUAACGCGUACUCAGUUCUUCCUAAUAGCCUUUAUCUGCAGUUUCGCUUACUAUGUUUUCCCUGGCUAUUUCUUUUCAAUGCUGACAUCUUUAUCAUGGAUCUGUUGGAUCUUUCCAAAAUCAGUUUUUGUCCAACAACUUGGUUCAGGUCUAAAUGGGCUUGGCAUUGGUGCUAUAGGCCUGGAUUGGUCCUCUAUUUCCUCUUAUCUCGGAAGUCCAUUAGCUAGUCCUUGGUUUGCUACAGCUAAUGUUGCUGUUGGAUUCUUCUUCAUUAUGUAUAUUUUGACUCCAAUAUGUUACUGGUUAGAUGUCUUCAAAGCCAAAACAUUUCCUAUUUUCUCUGAUGGACUCUUUACUUCCUCUGGCCAACUUUACAACAUAUCAAGUAUCAUUGACUCUAAUUUCCAUCUUGACAUUGCUGCCUAUGAGCAACAAGGACAUCUUUAUCUCAGUACAUUUUUCGUUAUUACUUAUGGAGUUGGCUUCGCUGCUCUCAGCGCUACUGUCAUGCACGUUCUUUUAUUUCACGGAAGGGAAAUAUGGGAGCAAAGCAAAUCAAGCUUUAAAGAGAAGAAAAUGGACAUACACACUAAACUAAUGAGCAAGUAUAACCAAGUACCUGAGUGGUGGUUUUGGUGCAUUCUUGUGGCAAACAUUACACUCACUGUCUUUGCUUGUGAAUAUUACAACGAGCAACUUCAGUUACCUUGGUGGGGAGUUAUUCUAGCUUGUGUCAUUGCCAUUUUCUUUACACUUCCUAUCGGAAUAAUCACUGCCAUUACUAACCAGACACCAGGGUUGAAUAUUAUCACGGAGUAUAUCAUAGGAUACCUUUAUCCAGGAUAUCCGGUUGCUAACAUGUGUUUCAAGGUUUAUGGCUAUAUUAGUAUGAAUCAAGCUAUUACUUUCCUCCAAGAUUUCAAGCUCGGUCAUUACAUGAAAAUUCCACCAAGAACCAUGUUUAUGGCUCAGAUAGUAGGGACUCUAAUAGCAGGGUUCGUGUAUUUGGGAACUGCAUGGUGGUUAAUGGAAACAAUUCCAGACAUAUGCAAUAAAACAUUGUCCAACACCGUGUGGACUUGUCCUUCAGAUCAUGUAUUCUACGAUGCAUCAGUGAUAUGGGGUUUGAUAGCGCCAAGAAGGAUUUUUGGAGAUUUAGGAACUUAUGGGAUGGUCAAUUGGUUCUUCUUAUUUGGUGCUAUUGCGCCAGUUGUUGUAUGGUUAGCAGCCAGGUCUUUCCCUAAGCAAGAAUGGAUCAAACUCAUUAACAUGCCAGUGUUGAUAGGAGCUACUGGGAUGAUGCCACCGGCCACGGCUGUGAACUACACAACCUGGAUUAUUGUAGGGUUCUUGUCGGGGUAUGUUGUUUAUCGAUAUAGGCCAGAUUGGUGGCAGCGACAUAACUAUGUUCUUUCUGGUGCACUUGAUGCUGGUCUGGCAUUUAUGGCAGUUCUUUUGUAUAUGUGUUUGGGAUUGGAGAAUAUAAGUGUUAACUGGUGGGGAAAUGAUUUAGAUGGAUGUCCUUAUGCUUCUUGUCCAACAGCCAAAGGGAUUAUUAAACAAGGUUGCCCUGUUGUUUAUUAAAUUGUGUUGUGACAAAAUUUGCUUGUACUAAUUUUUUACUCUAUCUGAAUUUGUGUAAAUCAUGCAACUUAAUUUUCUUUCAUUGAUUUCUCUUGAAUCAGUUUCUAUAAGUUUUCCAUGUCAAAGACAAGCAAAACUAGCUCAUCAAAAUUGUACAUUAAAUUGUUCUGUUUUUUUUC